GAUGUGAGGCAGGAAUGAGCUCCGGGAGGCUCCAGGUCAGAAUAAAACGGGUCUGCUCCAGGAAGAGGUCGCGUGACGUUCAGAAGACUCACCUGACACCUGUCCGAAAGCAGGGCAGGGGGGGAGGAGGGUCACCGCCACGCCCCCCCUGCCGGAGGAGCAGCAGCAGAGUCAUGGCAGAGCCUCCUGCUGUGGAGUACUGCAGUGAUGGCGAAGAUCUCUUUGGGGACUAUGACAGCAUCCUCGAGGACAGCUCCAUCCUUGCCAAGCUGGACGAUGCAGAUCAACACGAAAGACUGCGAUCAGAGAAGCUGCAGAGUUUCGGGACCCCGCAACCUUCCGAAGGCCGUGUGUCCCAAUCCCCCGAGGGCUGUGUCGCCGACCCGGCGGCUGACGAGCUGGAGGACAACGCUCUUGAGGACCUGCCGCCCAGUCAGCUGCAGUUUCAGGAACAAAUCCAAGAUCGGGCGAAGAAAAGCAGACUGCAGGUCAGAAACCAAAUCUCCACACCGUCCCACAGCGUUGGUGAGAUCACCGAGGCUGCAGGAGGAGCUGACACAGAGGAUGCAGACCAGAGACCCAGCAAGGCGACGAGGAGAGUUUCGGACCUGCUGAAGAGGACGAUGCUCCAUAACGCAGCGUCUCCUGUCGGUGUGUCUCGCAUCACGGUGCUGAAGGAGGCGGUCGUUUCUGAGGAGAUCAGUGUCGCCAUGCAGGCCAUGGAAACAAUAUCCGCUGAGACCACCGACCUUGGGCCUUUCUUUGGACUCCCCAGCAAAGUCAAAGAGCUAAUGCACAAACUGAGAGGAAUCCAGAGCUUAUAUGACUGGCAGGAGACCUGUCUGAACCUGGACUGCGUUCAGCAGAGGAGGAACCUGAUCUACUCCCUCCCCACCAGCGGAGGGAAGACGCUGGUGGCAGAGAUCCUCAUCCUCAGGGAGCUUCUGUGCAGGAGGAAGGACUGCCUGUUCAUCUUACCGUACAUAUCUCUGGUGCAGGAGAAGGUCCGCGGACUGGCGAGGUUUGGCCUGGAGCUAGACUUCAUGGUGGAAGAAUACGCCGGCAGCAAGGGCCGGUUUCCGCCAGUGAAGAGGAGAAACAGGAGGUCCCUGUACGUCGCCACCAUAGAGAAGGCCCACAGUCUGGUCAACUCGCUGAUAGAGACCGGCAGGCUGGAGAACCUCGGGCUGGUGGUGGUGGAUGAGCUCCACAUGCUGGGUGAUGGCAGCAGGGGGGCUGCCAUUGAAAUGACUCUGGCCAAAGUCCAGUACAUGAGCAAAGCAACCCAGAUUAUUGGAAUGAGCGCCACUCUGGGAAACAUCACGGAUCUGCAGACGUUUCUGGGGGCAGAAAACUACUCGAAUGACUUCAGGCCCGUCCAGCUGAAAGAAUACGUGAAACUAAACGACACAAUCUAUGAAGUUGACCCGAAGGAAGAGAACUGCUUCAGAUUCUCCCGAAUGCUCAAUGUUAAAUACUCCAGCUCAAUGCAGAAGAUCGACCCGGAUCACAUCAUCGCUCUGGUGACUGAAGUCAUCCCAGUGCAUUCCUGUUUGGUCUUCUGCCCUACGAAGAAAAACUGCGAGAAUGUGGCAGGGAUGAUCUGCAAGUACCUAAAGAAAGACUUUCUGCUGCACCGUGAGGCUGAGAAGGCCACCCUUCUUCGAGCGCUGAAGGACGGUGGGAAUGGCUCCAUGUGCCCGGUGCUCAGGAACGUGGUGCCCUACGGUGUGGCCUACCACCACAGUGGCCUCACCUCGGAGGAGAGGAAACUGGUUGAGGAGGCCUACUCCAGCGGCGUGCUCUGCCUCCUCGCCUGCACCUCCACUCUGGCAGCAGGGAUCAACCUCCCCGCCCGCAGGGUGAUCCUGCACUCGCCGUACGUGGCCACGGACUUCCUGAAGAGGAGCCAGUACAAACAGAUGGUCGGCAGGGCCGGUCGAGCCGGGAUCGACACAGUCGGAGAGAGCAUCCUCAUCCUACAGGAGAAGGACAGGAAUAUGGCCAAAGAACUGGUGUGUGCCCCCAUGGAGAACUGCUACAGCAACCUGAUGCAAGAAGACGGGAAAGGCGUCCUCAGCCUGAUCCUGUCACUGAUCGGAUUAAACAUCGCCUCGUCGCUGCAGCAGAUAGAGGAGUUCCUGUGCGGCACGCUGCUGUUCGUGCAGCAGCAGCAGCUAUGCGUGGAUAGGAGUCUGCGGGACGUCGUGCAGCAGUGUGUCGACUUGCUGAGGGGGAAAGACCUCAUCGCCGUCGCGGAAGCAGAUGCACUCGGCCCAACUCUGCAGAUAACCAAACUGGGCCGGGCGGCUUACAAAGGUUCAGUGGAUCUGACCUACUGUGACGUCCUUUACAAAGACCUGUCUAAAGGUCUGGAGGGGCUGCUGCUCAACAGCUACCUGCACCUGGUCUACCUCGUGACCCCCUACGACCUGAUCCCUCAGUGCAAACCCGACUGGAUCAUUUACUUCAGACAGUUCACCCUGCUGUCUGCUUCAGAGCAGAAGAUGGCUUCUGCCGUUGGAGUCCCAGAGAGCUUUGUGGCCAGAAAAGCUGCCGGACAGACGGUCAAGAAGAACAUGGACCUGGUGGUGGUGAAGCGGAUGUACCUGGCUCUUGUCCUUUUCUCUCUGCUGAAGGAGACCAACGUGUGGAGCGUAGCCGAGAGGUUCCAGCUGAGCAGAGGCUUCGUGCAGACGCUGCUCAGCUCCGCCUCGGCCUUCUGCUCUUGUGUGCUGCACUUCACUGAGGAACUGGAGGAGUUGUGGCCGUUUAAAGCUCUACUGGUGGAGCUGACUCAACGUCUGAGUUACUGCGUGAAUGACAAGCUCAUUCCUCUCAUGGAGGUGGCAGGAGUUCUGGAGUUCAGAGCAAAGCAGCUGUAUAAUGCUGGCUACAAGACGCUGACUCACCUGGCCAACGCGGAUCCAGCCGUCCUCUGCCGGACAGUAGAAAACCUGUACAAGAAGCAAGCCGACCUGAUGGUGGCAUCCGCUAAAAUGACGUUUCUCUCUCUUCCAGAUGCUCCUGAAUGAGAAGGCUUCAGCUCUCCAGGAGGAAGUAGACGAGCUGCUGAGUCUGCCCGCAGACCUGCCGCCGCAGCUUUAAACCCACAAACAGCCCAAAUUCUUUGCUUUUUGACUGUUGCAGAUGUUUAUUUUGAAUGUUAGGUUUUCCUAUUAAAAUAUUGUAUAAUCCAGA